CACCUGCUCUUAAGGCACCUGACGCGAACCUGCCAUCUCCUCCCCGCUCUUUUGCGAUUGCAGCCUGACCGGACUAAUUCAAUCACUCUUCUCCCUUUCCUUUCUGUCCUUGGGCUUAAACGUGCAGGGGAGCGGAGUUAGUCGGGGUGAAAUUUAGAGUGGAAAAAAAAAAAUCAAGGAAACUAUCAGAGAUGAGACGCAGCCGGAGUUGGUUUCCAACGUCGCAGGUAGCGCACGCCCACAUUUUGCGGGAGGCGCCUUGUGUGUUUGGCUCAGGUGUUGGCUGUUGUUCAAGUGGGCAUCAUGGCUGAAGCAAGACAACCCAGUCACCUUCUAGAUGUUUGCAAUCAAAAAUUCUCAGAAUUCCUGUUCAAUGCUGAACAUAAGUGCUUGGUGUGGUUGAGAGAAAUUGAAGAAGAAGCCAUGAAAAUAUUUGAUAGUAACAACUUUAGUACCGAACCUGAACUGAUGCCCAAAACACCAUCUCAGAGGAAGUAUCGGAAAAAGAAGCGAUCUUCAUUGUUUAAGGAUGAAAAUAAAGAACUAAUUAGAAAAAGAUUAUCUAAAAGUCAUGGCACUGUAAAGACUGAAUCCUUUCAGAAACUUUCUCCAAGAAGAGUACUGAAUAACCUCAACAUGGGAGAUGCAAAAUCUUUGCCAGAUAUUAUGACCAACUCUUCUAAGGGAAGUUCAAAAGUACAAUCUGACAAGAUAGCUAGGGAUCCAGUAGGGGAAUCACUUGUUACUGGCUGCUGUAAAAAUGGUGACGUAGAAGAAAAAAGAAACGAAGUCAUGAAUGGAAUCCCUGAACUUUUUAUAGUGCAUUCAGAUGACCAUUUAGCUGAUAUUUCGAGGAUCACUGAGAUUUCAGACAGUCCUGCAAUGGUAGUUCCAGACAUCACUGAUCCAAUAAAGGCAGAAAAAAAUGGGAUUAAAUCAAGAUUACCAAGUACACCCACUCUAAAAGAAUCUUUAAUUGGGAAGCACACAUCUGGAAAAGAGAUUCCACCCCAAGAAUUAGUUAAUAAUAAUUUGGAUCCAGAAGGAGAACACUCUCAAGGCCUGAAAGAAAGUUCUGCUACCUCCACAGGGUCUUUGUCAGGCCAUCGUCGCCUAAGUAGACCACACAAAAGUCCAAGGAUCUCGCUGGUGGAGAAAUAUUCGCUCAGCAAUAAAAGAAAAAGCACAAUUCGAAAAUCUAUCAGCAGGACAAUUGCCAGGAAGCAAGCAGCUCAGGACUCAUCAUCUGCUUCAAGUCGAGUAAGCUGCCAUAGUUCCACUGAAAUAUUUUUGAAUGAUGAAAACCACAAACAUGGGCCUUUGACACAGAACGCUGAAAUAGGAGAGCCUCUGAACAGUCUACAAAAAGAGCCUUGUGCUCUGGAUGCACCUAGUCUAGUUGUUAGCACACCUUUGCACACUCCAACACAAUUUGAGAGGCACCAAGACAAGACUUGCAGUAAAGACAGACUUAAGACUACCAUUACUGAUUCCCACAUCAGUAAUUCUGAAGAUUUAGCCAGGAACAACAGUCCCCAUGAACAAGUGCAGAAUAUUCGGAAGCAAAGUUAUAGACAAGCAAUGGAGAAUCUACCUGCUCCUUCAUGCACAGAAGAUAAAAAUCCUAGUCCUUUCAGUCAUACAACCACAUCCAUUUCUGCAAAGAAAAUGCUGCCAAUGUCUGGCCCAUACAAGAUAAUACAACCUUUCAAAAACUUCUUUCAAACCAUGCAAAAGAAUCAGCUUCUCAAAUCUCCUGGGUCUUCAGGGAACAAAGUCCCCAAGCAUAGUACUCCUUGUAGAUCUGCGACCAAGGAAAAGGAGCGCCAGCGUCUGGAGAGUCUUAGAAAAAAACAAGAAGCAGAGCAACAGAGAAAGCAGAAAGUGGAGGAAGAAAAGAAACGUCGGUUGGAAGAGAUAAAACUAAAGCGUGAAGAGCGACUGCGAAAGGCAUUGCAAGCUCGAGAACGAGUAGAGCAGAUGGAGGAAGAAAAGAAGAAGAGAAUGGAACAGAAAUUUUCUCAGCUUGGUGAAAGAAAUGACAAGAUGCGAGAGGAGAAAACAGCAGAAGAAAAGGCAAAGAAAAAAAUAUCUAUAAAGAAAAUCGAAGCAGAAGUCCGAAAAUCAAAACUGCCACAAAUGGAAGAAAGGCCAAAACCUCAAGAAUGUCCAGAAAAAUGGAGAACAGUUGGGGAGAUUAAGAAAAUGCUGGAAAUCAAUAGUACAAGACAGGAAAAGGGGCACCAAAGGCAUCAAGAAAAAGAGAAGCUGGCGAAAGUUCAGGAACUCGCUGUAGUUAAGGAAGAGGAAGAAAAUGUAAAGGAAGAAAAGAAUCCUGCCUCACUGGCUCAGCUGCAGCAGGACAAGACAGCUGUGCAGGUGGAAAACGUCCCUGCUGCAUGUGGAUGGCUGAAUAUAACUGCUCAGAAAUCUUAUAGUGGGACUUCCAAUCGAGUAGAUGCCCAAGAUCUGAAAGAUACGAAGUCUCUCAAAGUCAAUCUGAAUGACUAUGGAAUGGAUCUGAAUAGCGACGACUCCACAGAUGAUGAAAGUCAGCCUCGCAAACCCAUCCCCUUGUGGGCCAACGGGGUUCAACUUAACGAAGCUGUUACAUACCAGUACUACAAUCCUCCAGAAAUCAACAGGUUAUUUGGUCACAUACUGAGCCCUAAACUAGAGGAUAUCUUCUAUAAAAGUAAGCCAAGGUAUUUCAAGCGUACAAGUUCGGCUGCAUGGCAAUCGCCACCUCUUCCAGGAUCCAAACCAGCACUCCGGAUGGCCAACAGCAUGAAAAAAUACUGAAAUUAUUUCUUGUCUAGCUAUAGUUAUGUUGCAUUUGUAAACCAUUUUAGUAUUUUAUAUGUUAUAUAAUAAAGGUUGAAAUGUUAUAUCUAUCUUUAGUAUUUCAGGUAACUAUGAUAAUUUGCUUCAUAUUUUGUUCCAAGAGGUUCAUUAUAUUUUCUAGCAUUUGUAGUAAUGGGGAAAAAUUAACAGUAAUCAUAAUCUGAUAUUAUUGCUGGUUGGUCUUUUCAUGAUGCCACCCAAUACUUAAAGAUUCUUAUCUUUGAGAACUGAUUGCUACACUAAUUGUAAGUGUUUCUACCAAGCCAUCUUGGAUGAUUUAUUUCUGUUUUCUAAUUCUGUUCUGGUUUAUGCAUAUUGAACCCUAUGCUUUAUAAUUAGAUCAAUGCAUAUAGAUUCACUUCUCUAAAAGGAUACGCUUUUCUGUUAUGUGACAUACAAAAUUGCAUAGAUUCGCAAAAAAAAAAUAACUAAAAUAUUUUGCUUGUUUUCUAGAAAGACAAUGGGUUUACAGAUUUUACAUUUCAUGAUUACAGUACUUGCCUUGUCAUAAAGAUGUCGUAUAUAUAUUUAAUUGAAAUAGCUAUAUCUAAAAUAAGAUCAUUAGUGUUUGCUGUAUGUUUCAAUGUGUAAAGAGACUGAAGAUUUUGCUGUUAGCAUCUUGAUUUGUAGAGAUGUAAGUCCUAUUUUCUUCUCUUUUAUCAGCAAUGAAGCAUUCAAUGUUUUAAAUAUGGGGUAGCUUUUGCCCCCUGAGAUUUUAAUAAUCGUCCUUAUGAUUUUAUUUUUGAUGAAAUAAAUUUUGGGGUUGUUUCAUAAUCAAGGAGAGGAAGGAGCAAUGAAAAAUGAAAAAUCAUCCUAUAUCAUGUAAGAGUCAACAUACUUUAAUUAGUACCUUCUCAGCAAUUAUACAUAAAAGACACCCAUGUGUGAGAGGUCCAAUUCAAAUAAUAAGGCAACUCUUAGUUUAAAAAAAUAUUGAACCAAAAUAUUACUACUUACUGUUCUACAGGGAAAGUGAAUCCUGGAGUUGAUAGAAUUAAUAGGAGCAGAUUUUCAUUGUAUCUUUUUUUUUUUGUAGCAGACGGGCAAUCUGUUUAAUCAGACCAUAUUCAUUCUUUCUGUGUCUUUUAAACAGCUUUGAAAUUAAUGGAUUAGAGACAUAAAUAAUAUAUGUCUGCAUAAUAAAUAUAAAUUAGAUAUCUGCAUAAAUAAAGAUGGAGAAGAUGUGGAAGUCUUUAAUUCCCUUCAGUUUCCAUCCCUCUCUUAUUUUGUUUUUCAACCAUUCAUAUUAAUCUUUAUAACUUGUAUCGGAAUAGAUUUCUUUGGUUUUUCCUGUUCCAAUUUGGAUAUGCUUAACAACAAAGCAGAAGGAAGAAAAAUCUGAAAUUGUGUAAUGACAGAAAACUGUUUGGUAAUUCUGGAAGGGAAGAAAGAGACAAAAAAAAACCUUGUUCAAGACUGCCUACUAGGAUCAUGAGUCACCUCGAACAUUGAUUUUAAAAAAAUCCAUUCCAAACUCAGCAUCUUUUGUUUGCAAAAAUUUGAGACUUUAUGGCCAUAAUGUAAUUUAUACUUUAGUCUGUAUUGAAGACUUCACAUGUUGAUUCAAAACUAAUGGAUUGUGUUUCUUUGUACUUUUACCAAUUGCAUAAUUGUGGUCGAGGAAGUGUUUGUUUUUGGUAUCUGAGCAAAAUGGACAUGGCAUCUAGUGUUGAAUUAUCAUUUGAUACAAAACACAGCAACCAGUUGAUCUCUGGAAAAAUUAAGAGAAUCCAGAUAAUACCUAUAUUAAAAGCACUGCAUUUGCUAUUAAUUUGUUCCUGAACAAAAUUCCAUGGCAUUAGUUUUAAAAUAUCAUGUGGCUUGGAUUCUGACUAAUUGAGAAAAUACACGUUUCCCCAUUCUUUGAGAUUAUCUAUGGUUGCUAUGGACUUGUCUCACACAGUAGAGUCAAACUCCCCUAUAUUCUGGCGUCCUAAUCUCUUUCCUACCUUACAAAAUGAGAUCAUAAAAUCACAUUUUAAAAACUGGCUCAAGGAUUUUAAGUGAUGAUUUUUAUAUCUCUUGGCCUUAUGUUGUAUAGGUAUUCUUCACUUAAUGACAGUAAUUGAGAUUGGAAUUUCCACUGCUAAGUGGAAAUUCCAACAUGUCAAUUAGUCAAGCGAAUCCCAUGCCAUAAAGUGCAAUAUUAUAUGGUCACCAUAUAAUGAAGCUCCUACUGGCUUCUUCAUUGACCUUGCUUGUUGGAAGCUGGCAGUGAAGGUUGCAAAUGGUGACCAAGGGAUACUGCAACAUCAUAGUUAUGAGUUGGCCACCAGGGACGCAGAUCAUGACUGCAGGGACUCUGUGACUGUAGUAAUUACUGUAUGGUAACCUGUUGUAAGUACCAUUGUGAACUUGAUUGGCUGCUGAACUAGUGGUCAUUAAAUGAGGAUCACUUAUACUAUAAACUGCUGAUAGAUCAAUAGUCAUUUCAGUCAUCGUAGAGAGCUGUCUGCACUUACGGUCUCUGCUACAGUAUCUUGUCAUUAUCUCCAUUAAUAAUUAAAGAGUCUUUGCUACUGUCUCUAGGACUUGAACCUUCAUGUUCUAACAUGAUAGUAAUUAUAUUUGUCAGCUCAGUAAUGUGACAAUGGCUAACACUUACUGAUAAAAAUAAAAAAGUGAUACAUGUUAAGCAAUGCAGGUAAAGGAGGAUCUGCCUCUUAAGAUCUUAACCAAGGUCUUCAGCUGUAUUAUAAGUGUGAUUUGAAAUAACACAUCCUUUUAUAAAAGUGCACAUUUUCUUCAGAAUGUACUAAAAAAAUAAAGAAUAACUGACAUGCUGAAAGUUAAAGAAAAGCAUACAGGAUUAUUUUUAAGUUUUAUUCCAGAGCACUUUGGCAUGCCUCUGAAGUUUCUCAUGUAUUAUCUAAUGAGAAAAACUGCAUUUGUGAGAGAAAAUAUGGACAGCAUUACAUAAUUGCUCUUACAAUGCACAAUUAUAAGGAAGCAAAACUAAAAACCAUUUUGUUGUAUAUCUUGCCCAUAUGUAUCUUGGCAAACCCACAAUCAUCCCAGUGUGUUGAAUUACUGGGAGUUGCUUCAAAGAGCACAACAUUCCUAGCCCUUUCUAAGCUCCAAGGGAUCCACAGAAACCUAUUUAGAAAAAUGGCAGCAUCCUAGAGAUUAGAUUUGCUCUGCUCUGCUCUGCUCUGCUUCUGACUAGCUGAAAACAACUUGGAUCCUUUUGUAUUUCUUUUAGUAAGGAGGAAAAUGUGAGAAUAAUAAUGGGAGCACCUGCGGAUGGGUGGACAUGAUCUGGUACAGUGCGAAUAGGAACAACAUAACCCAAUGGGCAGAGGAGGAAGUAUUAUGAGUAAAAAUAGUGUUGGGGAAGGUGAUGACAGCUGCAGAGACUAGCAGGAAGGAAUUAGAGAGUCUGCAAGCUCCCUGGGCCUCAGGAAGGGUGUGUGUAAGCCACAUUCUAGUUGAAGCUUCUAAGGUUCAUUUUCAACAUACUGGGAAGCCAUUUGGUUAAGGAAAACAGCCUUGCAUGUUAUUGUAGUGCCAUAGUAAAGACCUAGGCAGACAUUUUGCAAGGGGAGAAUAUUUAUAUUCAAGGAAAUAUUACCUGGGAGAAAAAAAUAAUAAUCAGACAUAUAAAAGAAGCCCUUUGGUUUUAUUAGCCUUUGUAUAUUGGUUUUUCUAAUGUAAUUCCCAAACAGGUUUUAUUUGGAUAGUUCCACAAAUGCCAAACAUUUUCUUGUUUUCAAAAAGUACUACUCUCGGUGGCAUGGAAAGAAGUGUCUAAGAUUAACUAGUUUUGCUCUUACAAAAUUCGUAUUAAUGUGCAAAAAGAUUCGUAUUUAAAUAUGCCUAUAAAAUUUUAAAGCAAGGAAUGUCACGGUAACCUUUUUUAAUAGCAAAAUGCAACAAGCAAUUACAACACCAGAAAAAAAUACAAUACUGGUUAUAUAAUACCGUACAUUAAAAAACUAUAUGCAUCAGAGUUAUUAAACUGAGCCUAACAAAAGGAAAAACUAAUAUAAAUAGAUCCAUAUAGUAUUAAAUUUAAUAUCACUAUGAAAUUACUCUCAGUCCUUAAGCUGGUCAAUAAAUCUAGAGCAUAACAAAAACAUUUCAAUGUGGAAAGUAUGUGUAUUAGUUAUGAAUGGGUAAUUUAUGGCCACAAAGAUACAGAGCACACCCCCAUUUCCUUUCAUGCUGGCCAUGAAAACUUAUUCACUCUGCUUACUUAGACUGUAAAAUGUCCUUAGUCCAGGCAGACAGUAGAAAAAGGAGUUGGCAGAGUAGAAAAAUAGGAAUAAGAGAACUUCUCUUGGCAUCAAGGAAGUUUUAUCAGAUCAAGCAUUGGUAAAUACAUUGGUAAAUAAAGCCUGAUUAUGAAAAAUAAGAUGAUUGUUUUUUCUUUUUAAAAAACCCCAAACCACUGGUGAUUUAUGAUUGAGCUUAUUCAGAAUUAAUUUAAGACCAGAAGUGCCAAAACAUGUGUGGGCAGGAAGGCUCAUGUUUGCCUGUAAGCAGCAAAGGAAUAACAGACUUUUGAGCCAAUAGCACAGGAUAGUAUAUUUGCACAAGUUCUGUUUUGCACUUCUGCUAUUUCAGAUAACUCAGCUUAAAAUUCAAACACAAAGUAUUAUACAAUACAGGUUAACAUAGACGUUUAGGAGAAAAUGGCAUCUAAUAAUAUGGAGAAAAUUACUGCUAAAUAAAUAAAUGCAGUAUUCCAAGUGUGGCCUUUCCAAGGCAUUAUAAAGUGGCACUAACACUUCACGUGAUCUUGAGUCUAUCCCUCUGUUUAUGCAGCCCAGAACUGUGUUGGCUUUUUUAGCAGCUGCUGCACACUGCUGGCUCAUAUCUAAAUGGUUAUCCACUAGGACUCCAAGAUCCCUCUCACAGGUACUACUAUUGAGCAAGGUACCACAUAUACGGUACCUGUUCAUUUUUUUUUUUGCCUAAAUGUAGAACCUUACUUUUUUCACUGUUGAAUUUCAUUUUGUUAGAUAGCGCCCAACGUUCAAGUCUGUCAAGAUCUUUCUGUAACUUGCGCCUAUCUUCUGAAGUGUUGGCUAUUCCUGCCAGCUUGGUGUCAUCUGCAAGUCAUUGAUGAAGAUGUUGAAGAGUACUGGGUGUAAAACAGAGCCUUGGGAUACUCCACUGCAUACUUCCCUCCAUGUGGAUGUAGUUCCGUUGAGGACUACACGUUGAGUGCAGUUGGUCAGCCAGUUACGAAUCCAUCUGGUGGUGGUGUUGUCUAACCCACAUUUUUCUACUUUAUCUAGUAGUAGGUUAUGGUCUACUUUAUCAAAUGCUUUACUGAAGUCCAAGUAAAUUAUAUCAACAGCAUUCCUCUGGUCUACUAAUUUUGUCACUUUGUCAAAGAAUGCAAUAAGAUUAGUCCAUGUUGGCUUUUGGUUAUUAUUUUGUUUGCUUCUAUGUGUUCGGUGAUUCGUUGCUUGAUUAUCUUUUCCAGAAUAUUCCCCGGUAUUGAGGUCAGGCUGAUAGGUCUGUAGUUUCCUGGAUCUGUUUUUUUUUCCUUUUUUGAAGAUUUUUUGAAGAUUUGCUCAGUUUGAUUGCUGUUCAUUUUUCAUUUAUGGAAUGCAGCCCCUUUGUUUUACUAUAAUCAAUUUUCAUUUUUCUGUCCUACAAUAAGCAUCUAGGUUUUACUGAUUGAAGAACAACUUAUAUUCAGAAAAGGGGAUGACUGCAUUAUAUGGGUAAAGCAAAUAGGUACUCUUUGUUAGUUAGUGAUAGGGGAUGAAAUUUACUUUUUCUUAGGGCUUGAACUAAAAUUAAGGCUUAAAUUUAAUAAGGAGGGCAGAAUACAGCCUUCUUUAAUUUCUCUUAUUAUUGAAAUUGGGUCUGAGAAUCUUCUGCUUGUCAUAUGCCUUGUACAUAUGUAACUUGUACAAAUUUUCAUGGAACAGUAUAACAAAGCAGCCCCUAAAUACAUUUAUUAGUUUCCUCCACAAUCACUGAUUAGAGAUUGAAUCAAAAAUCACCUCCAAUUCUAUCUCAAGAUUUAUUUUUUUGAUAGAUUAAUUUAGAAUAAGUUGACUUUUAGUUGAUCAUCCUAAAGUAUGCUAAUCAUCAGCCCAAACUUGUUCUUCUUCUAGCCAAUCAAUGAGUUUUUCAUGAAGGUGUUUAAUUUAGUUAGUUUAUGGAUUUAUCACAUCUCCCGCAAAGAGGGACUCUGGGCAGUGUACAGUACAGUAUAAAAAUAUAGAACAAUAGUGAGAAUGAAAACAUUAAAGUUAAAAUUAAAAAUUUUAAGAUUAUAAAAUUAUAAAAAUUUCAAAAUGUAAGAAAAUGUUUAAGAAGGCAAUUUAAUCCUAUUAGAAAUUGGUUGAUGGCCAAGAGAGGGCUCUUAUCAUUUACUAAUAACAUUUAAGAGGCUGGUUGGAUGUUAAUUAGCUGACUUCAAUGUAUUACCCUUAAAUAUUGAGACUAGAAGAAUAGUACCAUCUUUGGGCAUAUGGAUAAAAAGGUGGAGUCAACAGGGAGUCCAUCACUUUGCAUUAGCUUUUACUGGAGAAAAAACAAAUCUCUAAAACCAGCUUUCCUAUUUUUUGAGAUGGGUCAUCAGUGGUGAAAUCCUAUUUUUUUUACUACCGAUUCUGUGGGUAUGGCUUGGUGGGCGCGGCAGGGGAACGAUACUGCAAAACCUACAUUCCCACCCAACUCCAGGGGAAGGAUACUGCAAAAUCCCCAUUUCCUCCCCACUCCUGGGGGAAGGAUAUUGCAAAAUCUCCAUUCCCACCCGAUUCUCCGAACUACUUAAAAUUUCCGCUACAGGUUCUCCAGAACCUGCCAACCUGCUGGAUUUCACCCCUGUGGGUCAUAUGUUUGGAAGUUUUCCGAACUCAAAUUAGUGACCAGGGAUUUUAUGGCUGCAUUUUGGGGACAGAUGAUGGCAAUAUCCAAAUAAAAAUGUCAAAUAAAUCUAAUACGGUCACUGCCCAAUUUUUUAGUUCACCAGUAGCCUCUCAAUUUAAGCAGUACUUAUAUAGUUUGGAUUCUAAGCAUAAAUUUCUAAAUAAAUAUAAAAAAAUGUAUUAUUUCCAUUCAAGAAUCUUUAAUAGGCAAGUACUAUAUCCUUAGUCAAAAUACUAAACUAAAUACUAAAUACUAAACUUGAUUUGAUAGAGAAUAUAUAACUGCAAAGCUGAAUUAGCUCUACUUCAUAAAAUUUAUGCCUUAAGGCAUCAUCUUUGAACUAAAUUAUUAGGUAUAAUUGAUCAAUUGUUUGCUUAAUAGAGAUUUCAACCCUCAAAUUGGCUUAAUAUGUCAUAAAAUAAGGAUUUUGAAAAUUACAGUCUUGAUACAUUUUUAUUUUAUUAUUUAUUUGUAGUAUACUGUUAUUAUCCACACGUCUUCCUCCUAUUUUCCAUGUAACAACCCUAUGAGGUAUGUUGGGCUGAGAAAGAGUGACUGGCCCAAAGUCACUCAGCUGGCUUUCAUGCCUAAAAUAGGACUUGAACUCACAGUCUCCUGCUUUCUAACCCACUAGACUAGACCAAACUGGCUCCUUCUUUACAUCUUUUUCAUCUGUGAUAAGUUUUGGUGAUCUGACAUAUAUAGUACUGUAAUUCAUAUACAGGGACUUACAAACUACCAUAAAUAACAAGGCUAAACAACAGCAUGUAUUUCAUUACAUAAAUACUAUGAUCUCAGUACUUGAGUCAGACACCAGGAUGUAAAUACGCAAUGGUAGCACUUUGUGCAAUCUCACAACAUGAACUGGCAUCAAAGUAGUUUGCUGAAACAGCUUCCUAUUUCCUGCCAUGGUUGUGACAGGAAUUAACUUUCUUAGCCUUGGCCUACGUCAAGGGAUUUGUACAAUAUAGUUACGAAAAUCUGUGUGUGUCAUGCAAGAUGAAUAAUUGACCAAAUAAAUAUCUCAGCGCUAUUGGCUUUCUCUAGCAAUAGUGUGUGUUUCUCCAGUCUGAUUCCUGCUUUGGGUAACUUCUUUGUUUUACUGUUCAGUUCUCUAAUUGGCUAUAACAAGAUGCUGCAUAUUAUUGUGGUUUAACUUACCUGAACACCUGUUUUAAGCACAGAUUAUGCUAUCUUAAACUCUUAGUCAUCUGAUCUUAUGAUGAAUGUUGUGUUGUUGUUUUUCCACAUUAUUGAAAAAGUCCCUCCGUAGCUUAACACAUAGUUUCAGUAUUUACAGUCAUUCCCUGUUG